AUGUUGGAUCGAGUGAAGCGUGUGUUCAAGAAUGGAGAGGGCAGUCCCAAUAACACGCUAGAUCGCGCGCCGCCACAAGAAGAAAAAGAGCCCAAGAAGAAAAAAGAAGAAUGGAGCAGACAGACAGGCUGUCCGACAUGGAACUUCAGCCUGGUGGUGGUGCAGCACCCAGACGGCCGCUUUCUCGCCGUGCACGAGUCGCGAGGCAGAGGGUGGUGGCUUCCGGCGGGGUUCGUCGACCCGGGAGACGACCUCAUGAGCGCUGCCAUACGAGAGACAAAGGAGGAAGCCGGCAUCGACGUGCGCUUAGAAGGCAUACUCCGAAUUGAGCACACGAUGACUUUGUACAGGGGUCGAUGUCGGAUCGUCUUCUUUGCACGACCCAUCGACGAGAACCAACCACCCAAGUCGGAGCCCGACAAAGAGUCCGAAGGCGCUGCGUGGGUGACGCUGGACGAGUUAGUGCAGCUGGGGCAGAGCGCGCCAGGUCUGCGCGGUCCAGAGUUGCUGGACUGGGGGCGAUACGUCCAGGGCGGAGGGGCCAUCUUCCCGUUGACCCUGCUCACUCGCGAGGGCGAGAUGAUCCCUCCCCCACCAACCUCUUCCACCACCACCACGUCACUGGCCUCCGCCCCCACCGCCACCACCCCCCUCCCCUCUUCCGCCGACACCGCCAGCUCCUUCUCUUCUUCGUCAUCGCUCGUGCACGCCCGAGUAGCGGCCGAGCACGAGGCCGGUGGCAGCGGCAUCGGCAUAGACGGAGGAGGCGGCGGAUCUGAUGGUGCCCAACCGCUGGAGGACCUCACCACGAGCGUCACUGGCAUAACCCCGCGAAGGGAAGCAACCCUUGUACUCACCGAGGAGCGGGGAAGCAGCUAG